AUGGGAUCUAGUGAUGUAAAAAUUGAAAUUGACCGUUCUUCAACGGGAGGAACGUUCACAAAUUAUGAUAUAAUUAAGGGCACAGUUAGAUUGAUAGUGACUAAUUCUAUUACACUCAACUAUAUUCAGGUGAAGCUCGAAGGGGUUUCUAAAUCACAGCUCAGUAUUCCCCGAGACCAGAGGGAUAGCGGUAGGCGUGAUAGAGGGAGAAAAGACCGAGAUAAGAAGGAAAAGUUGCUUCAGGAUGUGCAUAAAGCGUUGUACGAUACAGUGAUUGUUUUUCCUCCUGACAACGUAAGACAAGUUUCACAGGCAAAGGACUUCACUUUAACGCCCGGUAACUAUAGUUAUCCGUUUGAAUUUAAACUUCCGUUGAAUAAUUCUUGCGUGCAGCUCCAAGGGAUCACGAAUAAGGUGCUGUUCAACAAGAAGAAUUUUGAUUUGAUCAUCAAUAAUGGAAACUUCAAUGCCAACACAAUUAGGAAUAUGGCCCAGCAGUAUAAUCAACCUGUGAAAGGAGGGGGUGCGUCACAGAAACACCGUGACUACCAUAUUGUAUCCCAGCUUCCGCCAUCGUUGAGUGGGUUGGGGGAGUUUGCUAGUAUUAAGUACUACGUGAAAGUGACAUGCAAACGUUCAUCAUUCUUUAAAACCAAUUUGCGGUCUGUAGAUCCGUUUAUUUUCUUACCGUUAGAUUUGGAUAGUCAGAACCAGCCGUUGGUCCACGGGGGUGAUUACGAAGAGUACAGAGAGGUUUUUGUGAGGAAAGAAAUGAUGUUUUCCGAUAGAAUUCCGGAAAUAGUGGGCCUUGUUGUGCCCCCAGAGAAGAAACCACUCCCGCAAGCCCCUACACCAUCGGGGUCGGCAUCACGGAAAGGGUUUUUGCUGCGAUUCAUGAAUGGUCCUUCUUCUGCACCACCGAGUUCAUUUACUUCCCUGGAUACACGAAAGAAGAACGAUCUUGUGGGCGUGGAAUCGAAAGACGUCCCAUUUUCGUUUGAAGUUAGGUUUAGACAUCCAGCAUUUUUGAUUCCCACCAAAUCACCGUCGUUUAAGUUAUACUUCGUAUCGAAUCUAAAGCCUUUAAGGUAUUCUUUGGCGCAAUAUGGAAAACCUGAAGAAAGUAACGGGUUAGGAGUAAUAUAUUUACAAAAGUUGAUAGUCGAAUUAACGUCUACAACAAUCAUAUCAGUACUAGAGACCGAUGGAUCUGUCCAGGACAUUCAUAAGGCAAAGCAUGUCGACAACAUCAACGUGUGCAACAACGCAUACCAGAACUUGAAGUUUGAUUUAAAGAACUGUAGACGCCUGAAGUCGUCCUCUGCCACCAGCACUAAUUCCACGCUCAACGAUGUAUACGAGCUCGAAAUUCCAAGGAAGUACUACGAAAACUGUGUUUUGCCGGACUACUUAUCGCCAUCGUUCAAGACAUGCAACAUCUCUCGUUCAUACAGGCUUUCUAUCGUGGCUGGUAUUUCGUGCGAGAAGGUAUCAGACCCCACAAACGCUACCGAAGUUGAACGCAAGGUUCAAUACGUCGACCUCCAGUGUCCCGACAUCAAAGUUUUGAGCGGUUUGAAUAUGACCAGCACCCUCCAUUCCAAUGCCUCGGGCACUAGCUUACCCAGUAAGACAAACGACUCCCCAAGACCUUCAUACCCAUUCGCGGCAGACGAAAAGAGACAGGGUUCCUUCUCGUCUGAAGUAACUCCAACCCUUCCCCAGAGGCCCGUGUUCCCAUCCGAAAAACGAAAGCCGUCAGCAGUCUCCGAAGUCGCCUCCUACGAUGACGUUUCCUCCGAUACACAACUAUUACCCACAUAUGAUGACGUUGUCAGAGAAAGCUCCUACCAAGACAAUAGCGAACAUUUGCGGGCUAGACGCCGCUACCAGCAGCACGAACAAUACUACAAUAACUUAGACGACGCCUAA